AUGCAUUCCUCACCUGUGUCCGAUGAUCCUCGAAUUCUGAUUUCGCUCCUUGAUUCGACGUUCUGCGUAAGCCUUAAGGAUCUCUGGGUCGAUUCCAUCGAGGUCGCUUGCUGCGAGUCCUGUGAUAGACAGUCUGAUCUAACACCUCUCUGUACCAUGUGCCAAUUGGAAUCAUUACCAAUAUCAUCUUGA